AUGCUUUGUGGAAAUGAAAUCAUUCGCAAGCUUUCGAUUAAUGGGUACGAAACUCUGGGAGUGGAACUCUAUGCUGAUCAUCUAUACUAUGCUGGUUCCUACCGAUAUUUCUCUCAAUAUCAAUUCAGAGUAGAUACAGAAGUAAAAAACUAUCAAGCGCAGUUUUACUACCUAACAGGGAAUCUUUCUGAUUCUCUAUCCUACUUCAAUGACAUGAAUUUCUCCACAUGGGACAAAGACAACGAUAAUCACACUACUGCAAACUGUGCCACAAAUAACCACGGAGGGUGGUGGUACGGAGGGUGCCACCAGGCAAAUCUAAACGGCUUGUAUGGUGUUCACAGAACUGACGGCCUCUCCUGGUGGGUCUCUGAAGACAACUGGAUUUAUCCUACCCAUGUCAUGAUUAUGAUGAAAAACUAA